AUGCCAAAGGAUCUCGUGAUUAAUAUGCCCACAGACAUGCGAAAUCAAGAAGGCCAUUUCUCUACAUUUGACCUUGAUUACACUCCACCAAAGCCAGGGGGAAUUACAUCUUUCACCGUUGAUAUCCCUACACCAAGCCGCAUCCCAAACGAACCACGCCCUCCUCCAAGAUGGAAAACUCCAGAAUUUAUCUUCUAUUAUGUGGUCGCUUUAUUUGCGAUCCCUCUUAUGGUAUGGGUACCUAUCCACUUGAGUUCACCUUCACAUCCAAAUUACCCAUACUAUCACCACAGAUUGUCACCAGGCUGGAUGUUUGGACGCGAAGUUGAUAACAGUGAUACCCAGUAUCGGUCAUUUCGCAACAACAUACUUUCACUCUCAUUCCUUGUCCUGAUCUUCAUCGCUCUCAAAUACAUAUACACACGGUCUGCACUGCGCUCUGCCCCAAGUAUGCCCGCAGAUAAGCUUUACUUGAUUCCGUUUUUCCUCACAUUCUCUGCCCUGUACCUUACUGGCCUCCACGGGACGAGCAUCUUCAAGAUUUUGUUCAUCCUGACGGCCAAUUACUGGAUUGCUAAGACAUCCAGAGGGUCGCGCAUGGGACCACUGCUGACCUGGAUUUUUAACGUUUUAAUCUUAUUUGCCAAUGAGAUAUAUAGCGGAUAUCGGUACGCCAGUUUCCAUCCUUCAUUAGAAGUUUUGGAUACUUUCCAAGGCAUUUAUCCGCGUUGGCACAUAAGCUUCAAUAUCACUAUGCUGAGAUUGAUAUCAUUCAACAUGGAUUACUAUUGGGCCUGUAAUUCUUGCGGAGGAGAGAACUUGAAUUCUGCUUCUACAGAAAAGCAGAGAGCCAAUACGCCACUCCCUUUAGAAGACUAUACGUAUCGGAGCUACAUCACUUACGUCCUCUACCCUCCGCUCUACAUCGCUGGCCCUAUUCUGACAUUCAAUAAUUUCAUGUGGCAGCUGCGCUGCCCUAUAAAUAUUCCCAUGCGGGUCCAAAGUUGUUACUUGGUUCGUUUCCUUGUUAGUCUCCUGAUCAUGGAGUCCAUACUACACUAUAUGUAUGUUGUGGCCAUCAAAGAUACUAAGGCUUGGCAAGGCUAUACACCACUGGAGCUGAGUAUGAUUGGGUUUUGGAGUCUCGUCAUUGUUUGGUUUAAACUGCUUUUGCCAUGGCGGUUUUUCCGUCUCUGGUCUUUGGCAAGCGGUAUCGAUCCACCUGAAAACAUGAUACGGUGCAUGGUCAAUAAUUACUCUACUCUUGGAUUUUGGCGAAGUUGGCAUCGGUCUUACAAUCUCUGGAUUGUCCGAUACAUCUACAUUCCACUCGGGGGUACAAAGAACGUUGCACUGACAACCGCGCUUGUUUUCUCAUUUGUCGCACUCUGGCAUGAUCUCUCUUUUCGCUUGCUUGCGUGGGGAUGGCUCAUCAGUUUUUUCAUCUUACCUGAACUGCUUGCGAGGUAUCUUCUCCCUCAAACAAAGUACGGGCAAUUUUCAUGGUAUCGUCAUGUCUGCGCAAUCGGAGGCGUACUCAACAUGAUAAUGAUGGUUUCUGCGAACCUUGUUGGAUUUGUGAUCGGUAUGGACGGGAUAAUGUAUAUGGCCAGCCAGAUAGCGGGAACGUGGCAAGGAUUCCGUUUUUUGCUCGCGGCAAUCUGCAUUAUCUUCGUGGGAGUGCAGCUUAUGUUUGAGUACCGAGAAGAAGAGAUGCGAAGAGGUAUUUACCGAAGAUGUUGA